CCGUGAAGUUGCAGAAGCAGCGGACAUCGUCGUCGUCCACUUCGCAGGGUUCUGGUGUGGUCUCAGAGACGCACAGCAUUGGCAGCAGCAGAAGCAGCAGCAAGCAGGGCGCGCGCACCUGGGAAGAGAGCGGAGGAAUGGCUUCACAUCUGUCCUCAUUCCAAACAGGGAGGCUUCAUCAGGCCAGACUGCUCUCUGUGUGCCUUGUUGGUCAUGCCCUUAUACCCUGAGCCAUGCCCCAAAGCCAGGCCAGGUCACUGGUGCAUCCUUGAGGACCAAGAUGUGAGUAUAGCUCAGUGUUGAAUACACUGACUCUGCAGUUAGACAGCCAGGCUUGGAAUCCCAGCUCUACCACUGAGGUUGUAAGAUUUGGGCAAGUUUCUGGGCCUCAGAUUUCUGCGCUCCUGCUUUGUAAAAUGGACCUAAUGGUAGUACCUGUCUAUGACUACAGAGCCACAUCUAUUAGAGUACUCCUGAUUGUUAUGUUCUUCAUUAAAGCCUCUGCAUUCAGAAGACUCAGGCCACUGAAGCCUGGCUCCUUAGCAAACCCCAUCAUUUUGGGGAAAGCACUUUGUGGUGCAAAUGAAGAGGGGCAAUGAUGGUUUGCAAAGAUCCCCAACUCACACCUUGAUUCAACAAAUAUCUAUCAUUUGUCUACCAAAUGUCAGGGCUGGUACAAAACCCGGGGAUGCAGACAUGGUCAUCACACAGUCCCUCAAGUACUCCAGGAACUGGAAGAGGCAAACACAGACCCAGAGCUACAGUCCAUAGAGAAGAGGACUCAGAGGGGAGAAACCAAGGACUUGUGGGAGCUGUGGAGAAAGGAACACACUGCGGAAGGCGCGGAGGGAACAGCAGCUGAUCAGUAAGAGACUGCUGAGAGACGACGCGUCGGAGGAAGCCGAAGGGGGAUGUGUGGCCAUGAUCCUUGGGGAAACUGAGAUCCAGCAUUUCCUACGAUUAGCACAGCAGGGGACAGAAGAAAAGGAGAGAGAGAGGGCUCUGGUCAGCCUUCGUCGAGGCUUGCAGCACCCUGAGACGCAGCAGACCUUCAUCUGGCUGGAGGGCAGCAUGCGGACCUUGGUCGGGCUUCUGACCAGCAACCAAGCCCUGUUGCAGCUUGAGGCCGCUCGGUGCCUUCAUGAGCUCUCUCAUUCUGAACAGUCUGCGGUGGCUGAGGCCUGCCUGCCAGCCACUUCCUACCUUCUCACCUACCUCUCCGGUCACAGCUCAGACUUUAUAGAGCUCUGUCUGUAUACACUGGGUAACCUGAUUGUGGAGAGUGAGGCUGUGAGAAGGCAGCUCCUGCCACAGGGCAUUGUUCCAGCCUUGGCUGCCUGCAUCCAGUCCCCCCAUCUGACUGUGCUGGAAGCCCUUGGAUAUGCCUUAUCCCAGCUUCUGCAAGUUAAGGAAGCUCCAGAGAUGAUCAUCCCCUCCGUCUUGGGCUCCACUCUCCCUGAGCACAUCCUGCGACUGUUGCAACCUGGUCCAAAGCUGAACCUUGGGGUUGCUGUGGAGUUUGCCUGGUGUCUGCACUAUAUCAUCUGCAGCCAGGUCGACAAUACCCUGCUUAUCUCCCAUGGGGGUCUGUCCACUCUGGGGUUGCUGCUAUUGGACAUGGCUGGAGCUGUCCAGAGAACAGAGGAUACAGGACUGGAGCUGCUGGCAUGUCCUGUGCUUCGGUGUCUAAGCAACUUGCUAACAGAAGCAGCAAUGGAGGUUGUGGGAGGGCAAAAUCAGCUUGAAGACGAGCGUGUUGUGGCUGCCUUAUUUAUCCUUCUGCAGUUCUUCCUUCAGAAACAGCCCAGCCUACUUCCUGAGGGCCUCUGGCUCCUUAACAACCUCACUGCAAACAGUCCUAGUUUCUGUACCUCCUUGCUCUCCAUGGAUCUGAUUGAGCCCCUCUUGCAGUUGUUGCCAGUUUCUAACGUGGUGAGCAUAUUGGUCCUCACAGUUCUGUGCAACGUGGCAGAGAAGGGUCCUGCUUACUGCCAACGUCUGUGGCCAGGGCCCUUGCUCUCCUGCUUGAUUGGUACACUGGCCUUCCCUGACAUUGAGGUAGUAGGCCAGAGUUUAGAGCUGCUGCAAUUGCUGUUCCUCUACCAGCCAGAGGCUGCUAAGGAUUUUCUGCAGCAAUCAGGGCUGCAGGUUCUGGAAAGGCACCAGGAGGAGGCCCAGCUCCAGGAUCGUGUGCAUGCUCUCCAGCAGACAGCUCUUCACCAGUGACCUUUUUGAUGUCAUUCUACUCAUCACCACCACCCUACCCUUGCCCCAACUUUCUUGCCUAUGGAUCCCCCUUUGAGGUUUUAGAACCGUAAUGGUAUCUCCUGCUCUCUGCUCCUGUGUCUAAGCCAAGACUUUCAAAGCUCAGCUCUUCUUUGACCCAGAACUGUCCAUAUAGGACCAAAGGGGACUUGAUGUGGGCCUGGAAUCAUCCCCCCCCCCCCCCGCCAUUAGCAGCUCGUGGUUUUUAAAGGGACAGAAUAAAGUUUUAUUUUUACAUUAAACUGGUUUGUCCCAGUGGUUGCACAGUAAGGGGUGGAGGGGAAAAUAAGGGCAUCCAGAGAUGGUAUUUUUCAGCACAAGCUUUAUAAAUAACAGAAGAACACAUUUUCCCCACAUUUUACUCAGUCCAGCAUAGUCCAAGCUUUGGGGCUGUUGCUCUUAACAAUCAGUGGAGGCUUCACCUUCAGGCUUUGCCACUUAGCACAUUCUCAAUGGCUCUGGUUACUUGAUCAGCACUGAAGUUAUUCAAAGAGACAUUCUUCUCUUGGCCAAAUGCUGAGGAGACAGAGAAGUAAUUAAAUAUCCAAUAUGCACUGAGGGGGUACUAAGAUAUUAAUAAAAGGUCUUUGUCUUUAACUUACAGUUUUGUGAGAAUAGGAAAAGUAAUGAGAUAUCACCAAGAUGUAUUUGGGAUGCCUAGAAUUUAUCCAUUGGGUGUCAAACACCUCUAGGAAGCACAGGUCUGACUAGAAUUUUGGCUGAUUCUGGGUGGCCACAAUGGGAAGGAAGGUGUUUCGGGGCAGUUUUUAGGGGCCUGGUAGGUAUUUACUAUUGAGCACAGUUUGCAUGGGCCUAGCCUUGGCUAGGUGCCAAGUCUAUGGCUCCCAUAGUCCUAGUAUAAUACACUCAUCUGUAUCCAUCUCCUCUAGUCUAUUGACUUUUUACUCCCCAUUUAAAAAAAAUAUUUAUUUUGAGGGAGAGAGAGACAUAGUGUGAGCAGCAGAGGGGCAGAGAGAGAGGGAGACAUAGAAUCUGAAGCAGGCUCUAGGCUGUGAGCUGUCAGCACAGAGCCCAAGUGGGGCUCAAACUCACCAACUGUGAGAUCAUGACCUGAGCCAAAGUCAGAUGCUUAACCAACUGAACCACCAAGGCGCUCCCUCCCCAGUUUUUAAUAACAGUGCAGUUACCCACUGUUAGAACCAGUCUACCUUAAGUGUGAUUUUAUUUUCUCCUGUCAUUCCUAGGCAAAGGUGUAGUUAAAAACUGUGACCACAAUACCAUUAUUCAGUAAGUCUUAUAGGUACUGUGUGCCUGCUAUGUGUCAAGCAAUUUAAUUUUCAGAUUAUGGAAAACUUAAAUUGGGAAUAUGAGCAAAAGGUGCUAAGGGCAUUGUUACAUAACUUGCCAGGGAAUUCCUUAUUGAGGAGGUGAUACACAUAUUCAGACCUGAAUAACAACCACCUGAAUUACAACUAGCUAGCCAUACAAAUGUGGUAGAAGUGCAUCCUAAAAAGGGGGAACAUGUGUAAAAGGCUCAACUCUGUUGUAUCCUAGCUGCAUAACCUUAGUUAUGUUCCAUAAAAAAAAUUUUUUUUGGUAAGCUCCACACCCAAUGUUGGGCCUGAACUCAACCCCCACAUCAAGAGUCACAUGCUCUUUUGACUGAACCAGCCAGGUGACCCUGCUGCAUCAAAAUUUUUAUUCAUCCUUCUCAUCUCUACAAUGAGAAAAAAACCAAACACCCCCUCAUAUGAUUAAUGAAGAUUAAAUGAGAUUUAGGCAAGAAAGCACUCAACACACCUUAGCAUUAAUUACUCAACAGAAUCAUCUUAAGUUUUUGUUACUGAGAUUCUCACACUACCAAGCGUAGCACUGUCCGCACCUAAUGUGUAAGGACCCACAUCGAUGGUAAUUGACUAGCAUCUCUUCUUCCCCAUCUGAACCCCGUUCUGAAUUAUGAAAACAGCUCUUGGAAUUUACGCAGUACCGGGCCCGUCUCCACACCUAUGCUACUAGAGACAGGAAACUUCCUGUAACCGUGCAAAUGUGAAUUUAUCUGAAACAACCGCAAAAGCAAGGACGAAGUCCGAGUUCCAGUCUCCCUACAGAUUUCUGCUUGACCCCUGGAUGACUCUGUCUCUUCAAACCAUUGUUCUACCGAGCUCCUAGACCGCCCGCUUCCCCCGCUCACCGUAACGGGCCCAGAGCUUGGGCUGCACAUCGGAACACUCGCGGAUUAGGAUUGGCAGGUCAGGGUUCGCCUUCUUCAGCUCCACAUAGUGUUUCUCGAUAAAUUCCCUGUGGGGGGGGGGGGGGGCGGGAGAGAGCUGUGCGUGCUAUCUACGCGCCGGCCUCCCCAGACACCCGGGAGACAGAGGUCAUGACCUGGGAACCCCGAAGCUUACCGGCCCCACUACCUUGCGCCUCACCUGACGCCCUGACUGCCAGGCGAGCGCUGGCACAAGUGGACGCGAAUUUCACGCAGGCCCAGUUUUGCCCGAAUUCCGCGACUGGCUACAGCCGCCGCCAUCUCCGCUAGCGCUUAACUCCCCGCCCUAGGACUUCCGGUCAUGUUCUCUAAUCCGACCAAUCGCGGACCCUCCAGUUCCCGCGAUAUUUAGAUGACGCAGGGGGGCAGGCUAAAGUUUAGCCAAUGCCUUAAAAGCAUUGCCAAGGAAACGUUCCGGUUUUUGUCCAAUUUCUGGGCUAGCUGGCGGUGGCGGAAAGGUUGCGGAGCGCAAAGCACUGUGGGCUGUUCCUGAGGUGCAUUGUGGGAAAAAGCUUGUCGCUGCUGUGUUGUCGCUGGAGCUUUAGUCAUUGGUGGCGUUGAAACACCGCAGUCGAAAUGCCAGAGCGAGACAGUGAGCCUUUCUCCAACCCCUUGGCUCCAGAUGGCCACGAUGUGGACGAUCCUCACUCCUUCCACCAG